GCUCAGGAGCACUGGGAAGUAAGUGGAGCUCGCUUGCGAAGCCUCGCCCUUCUUCUCAGCAGAGCAGCACAUCUGGACUGUCACUGCGUAGAGUACGGCGUGAGAACAUCUGCACCUGGCUUCUGUUUCUGUCUUCCCCAUCCAGCUCGAGUCGUGCAGCUGCCCGACUGUCUGUCUGUCUGUCUCCGUUACUCCGACCACGCUGGAUUCCCGCUGCUCUUCACCACCAUGCCUGCCCGGUUUUAGGUACUCCAUGGAGCAGCAGAACUUCUACGAGGUCGCCUCACGGCCCCUGAUGACUUGUCUACCGCAGAGCCAGCAAAGUUCCUUCUGCUACGCGGGAGACCUGAGCGACAUCUGCGAGAACGAGAGCUCGGUGGACAUCAGCGCGUACAUCGACCCCGCUCAGUUCAACGACGAGUUCCUGGCGGACUUGUUCCACAACAGUCCCAAGCACGACAAGGUCAAGCUGGCCGCCGGCGACUACGAGUACGUGCACUCGGCCGGCGGCGGCGCUCACCGGGCCGGCCAGCAGGUGUACGGCGGCAUGGCCACCUACAUGGACGCAGCCAAGGUCGAGCCCCUCUAUGAGAAUUACUCCGCCACGCGAAUGCGGCCCGUGGCGAUAAAGCAGGAACCCCGAGAGGAGGACGAGGCGAGCCCGUCGUCGGUGUCACCCGUUUACCACCACGCGCACCACCACCACCACCUCCACCACCACCCGCAGCACAUGACGCACCUGCAGUACCAGAUCGCGCACUGCGCGCAGACCGCUGUGCAUCUGCAGCCCGGGCACCCGACGCCCCCUCCGACCCCGGUGCCGAGUCCUCAUCAUCAUCAUCAUCAUCAGCAGCAGCAGCAGCAGAGCAGCCUGCCUGCGGGAGCCGUGAAGACGGCGGGAGGCAGCGACCGAAGCAAGUCCAAGAAGUCCAUCGACAAGAGCAGCAGCGAGUACCGCCUGCGCAGGGAGCGCAACAACGUGGCGGUGAGGAAGAGCCGAGACAAGGCCAAGAUGCGCAACAUGGAGACGCAGCAGAAGGUGAUCGAGCUGACAACGGACAACGAGAGGCUCCGAAAGCGGGUGGAGCAUCUCAGCAGGGAGCUGGAGACGCUGAGGGGCAUCUUCAGGCAGCUUCCAGAGGACUCUUUCGUGAAGUCCAUGGACGCGCAGCUGUGCGUAAAAAUGAACUGAACGUUACGUGCGGGAGCUUGGGCGCGCAUGGCUCCACAGAGUAGUUUGUGCUGGAUCUUCUCUGUACACCCGACACACCAGACCGCUGGACUGCGUUUUCGCACGAACCCUGGGCAGCUGAGGUGUUCACCUAUGUGCCUUUUUUUUGUACAAUAAGCUCUUCCCUCUUCCCUCCUCUCCCCCACGCGUGUAGACAGUGGACAGUGGGCUGCUUCGUGCCUUAAAGCCAAAAUAAGCGCAUGCAUGAUUCUUAUUUUUUUUUUUUUUUUUACUUGUUUUGUGUAAGGCAAGAAAUAUAGGUGUAGCCACCAAUAGGUUAUAAUUCGCCUUUUUUAAAAAAAAUUUAUUGCUCGCGGCCUAUUUAUCAGUUUUCUUGCUAAAAGUCUGAAUCUGAAACCUCUCCAAAUGUAUCGAACUUCUUCUGCGCAAGAAGCGCGUAGCCACGCUGUCGUCGCACCUGCGAUCGGUCCCCCUGUCACCCCGGGAGCGCAGCGUCCCCCCCCCUCCCCCAACCUCAGCGAACGGAAAUCAAACGCGGGAUGCGUUAAAUAAAUCAAAAGCCAAAGGAUCAGAAGAGGAUCGCGGUGCUGCGGCGUGGAAAUCCGCUUGUCCUCCAGCUCUUUCCUUGUAACGUUACAAAUGCGCUGCGCUCCAGCGCGUCUCGUUUAGGGUUCGGUUCGGGUUUGUUCGGCAGAACCGCCUUAACGCUUGAUAUAUAUGUACAGUAGUGUGAUUUACAUAGCAACUGGUGCCUCGAUCUCAUCACCCUGAUGCCUUUUCGUUAUGAUCCCACUAGAGGUGUUUAAAUCACUGGUUUUGCAGUGAAACCCAGUCCAAGGCCGUGGCCCGUCAAUGUGUUAUUGUUACGCUCCAACAGCCGCUGGAAUUCAGCUGCCUUUUGACUUUUUCAGUUACCACUGGCAGAAUACAGUGACCUGGAAAAUAAGAAAAAGGAAGCACUUUGCUCUUAAAAAAGAAAAAGAAAACAAAACAAAAAAAAAAAAACUGUUCAAAAUGUAAGACUGAUGUUCUGAAUACCUUUGAAUUUUGAAUAAAACGUAUAUGAUGAACGCAAAAAUAAAAUGUUACAUACGAUGCAAAACUUUAUAUAUUUUAUAUGUGUGUGUUAAUCACUCAGUUGUGAAACUGCGAAUCUGGUUGUUGUGGUGCAUUUCCACCGUUGUCAUGAUUUUAACUUAUUAUUGCGAAGUGAAGAUUAUAAGUUGAAACUGUAAAUAAUAAACAUUUGUUUAACAGCAUAUAAACACUGGCACAGAUGGACAUGUUCCUCCACCUCAAGCAAACUUCGAAAAAAUACCUGUAAAUUCCAAAGAGAAACAGCAUUUUACAUAAGAAAAUGGUGCAGUGUUUCUGGCGGACUUAUAGAAGAGGCAAAGGGUCAGAAAGACAUGUUGGGUUUAAAAGCAAAUAAAAAGAAACACCCACACUAUUGUCAACCGGCC